AUGGAUUCACCAAAUGCGUCGGAGAAUCGACUGUUCGUCAUCUCAGAUGAAGACCAUAGAGGCAUCAUCCUCGUGGUAUCCAUCAUCUGCUGUAUCUACGUGCCCAUGGUCCUGACUCUGCGAGGAAUUGUCACUCGAAGAGAUCUGGGCUUGGAUGACUGGUUUGCCAUUGCUGCAUCGCUUACCGGCGUGCUGGAAUACGUCCUGGUCUUUGUCUCUGUCUCACAUGGUCUAGGACGAUCAUAUCUCGAAGUUUCUGAAUCCGAUGCCCGUUCAAUUGGGAACUUGACCAUUGGCACCAACGUCCUCUUCUUCUUGACUCUGGCCUUUACCAAAAUCUCUGUUGUGGCGUUGUGUCGAAGGCUAUUCAGCCUGAGCAUGAAAAAACACCUUCUAGUUUGUGACAUAGCAGCGGCAUUGUGCGGUCUUUGGGCUGUCGGAUCCAUCAUUGCGGUCACAGUGAGCUGCGAUUCUUUCCAUCAGAUUGGAUACAACACUUCUUUCUGUUCAGGCAUGACCGGGCGCUGGACAGCGGUUGCCGCCGUCGAUGCCGUCACCGAGGUCGGCAUCUUCAUCCUUGCGAUCGCUGUGGUUAUGCCACUGCAGAUGAAGCUCCAUCGUAAGAUUUCUGUCAUAUGGUCUUUUGCGCCCAGGCUUCUUCUUAUUAUUCUCAUCGGCUUGCACGUUGGAGCGAUCGACGAUGCAGUGAACUCGGACACACCUGGCGUCGAUCUAUCCACGCCUACGGUGUACCAGCAAGUGCAACUAGUAACAGCGAUUGUGACAUCGGCGCUACCGGCACUACACCGUUGGCUACGCAAAUUCAGCACGAGCAUGGGAGGGACGUGGAUGCAGACUUCGAUGUCGCAUGGAUACACAGGAGGGUCGGGAGAAAAUCCGCGGAGCAAAAAAGACAUUCCACUGACCUCGCUGAACCGGUCGCAGAUCAGCAAGAAUGGAGGAGGCACAAUGAACGACGAACGCGGAGACGAGAUCCACGACAUGAGACAGCCCGUCACAUUCCGCCCGGACCACGCUUAUAACAACACGUCAGCAUAUCGCUCACAUUCGCGAUCUAACGAUACAGAUGGCCGCUCCGGAUCACAGGAAAGUGUCAACAGCGAGGCGAGGAUCAUUCGAAAGGACGUAGAUUGGCACGUGCGUUACGAGAGGAUGGCGGAUGGCGUCGGUCCAGACGGUCACCCUAUGGCCAUCUCCACCGGAGCUCACCAUACAGACGGACAAAACGUGUGA